UCAGGUCUUAACAAUGAGCGGCUCUCGAAUUUACAUUGGGAGAAUCCCCUACAACGCAAAGGAAAGGGAUAUUGAGCGAUUUUUUAAAGGUUUUGGGAGAAUCAGAGAUAUCAACUUGAAGAAUGGUUUUGGAUUUGUUGAAUUUGAUGAGUCUAGGGAUGCUGAUGAUGCUGUGUACGAACUGAAUGGGUGUCAACUCCUUGGAGAGCGUGUAAUCGUGGAACACAGUCGAGGCUCCUCAGCCGGCUACAACAAUCGCCGAUCAAGCGGCGGCAUGUAUGGUGGAAAGGAUGGGAGAGACGGCGGGAGAGAUGGGAGAAAAGGAGCUUGGUUCGACAAGUAUGGACCCCCCACAAGAACAGAUUAUCGAAUUACGGUGGAAAAUAUUUCUAGUCGCGUCAGUUGGCAGGACUUGAAAGACUUCAUGCGUUCUGCUGGAGAGAUUACGUUUGCUGAUGCCCACAAACAAAGAGUAGGAGAUGGUGUGGUGGAGUAUGCCAGCUAUGACGAUAUGAAGUGUGCCAUGAGAAAGCUGAAUGGAGCAGACCUCAAUGGACGGAAGCUAAAACUCCACGAAGACUAUCGUGGAAGCAGGCGAAAGACUCGUUCAAGGUCCAGGUCUCGAUCCCGUGACAGAAGCCGAAGCCGUGAUCGAAAAUCUCGUUCCAGAAGCAGGGAUCGCUCCCGUUCAAAAGACCGUUCUCGUGACCGGGACCACUCCCGUGAUCGCUCUAGGUCCGGUUCCAGAUCUCGAGACCGUGGUCGCUCUCGUUCCAGAGAUAGAAGCCGAUCUCCUCGCAGCCACUCAAAGAGCAAGUCACCUGUUAGAGACCGAUCUAGAAGCCCUUCUGCUGAGAAUAAUGGAGAUGAGGUGAUCAAGAUGGAAACUAGUGGAAGUCCACGUCGAUCCCCAAGCCGUUCACCCAUAAAAGAAUACUCUCGCUCGCCCUCUCCCAAGAAAAGCCCCAAGAAAAGCCCUGCAGCAGACGACACCAGAUCUCGAAGUGCCUCUCCAGUAGCAAACGAUGUUGAUGAAUAAGCUGACUAUACUUACUUGAACUUUGUAGUUUAGAGUCUAUAUACAUACGUGUUGUCCUUUGACCUUUUUGUAGAAACUUUCCAUUUAUUACCCACCAACUUUAUUGCACCAAAA